CAAGUUUUUUUUUUUUUUUUUUCGUAUUCUUUUUAUUCGAUUUAUCUGUUGAGACCUAUUGUCUUCCUUCCCCUUCUUAAGCACUUCUGUUUUUCUUGCUUCAAACUUCUUUGACACUAUUCCGCUGCUGGUAUGGAUUGCCCAAUUCCUUUAAGACCUAUACAGCUUAGCACCGACUACUAUACCAGCGAACGAAGCAAUGGUAUUGGCAACUGUGGUAGCCUCUACAGUCCUUUUGAUAAAGACGUUAAAAUGGACGCUAACGCCAAAAGGGAUAGAUUAACAACAAUACAGCCUAUUGCCACCACAACUACUUCCAUCAAUACCAGUUUUGUCAAUGAAACCGCUCUUCCUGCAGAGAUACUCUUAGAAAUUUUUAAGUAUGUCUCUGAUUGUCAAUCCACCUUGUACAAUAUGUCACUUGUCUGCAAGCAAUGGUUUUAUUGCGCUACACCCAUAUUAUAUAGUCACCCAAAGAUGACAGAUACAUUGAGUUGGGCAAACUUCAUAUUGGCACUAACAAGGAAAAAGAAAUCCUUCAUAUACGGUGAUUUUGUGAAAUCUAUUGAUAUUUCCAAAGAAUGUUCCAUGGGUAAAUCAACAAAACGUUCAAGAACAAUACGCCAUAGCUGUUUAUAGGGAGGUUAAUAAAUCUCAUCAUCUUAACAAUUGAUUUUACUUUAUAGACUACAUGAAGGUUCAAAAUUUCUGCAAAAGGCUAACUUCAUUAUCUCAUGCAAGAACAUCAACGCCUGGAUUGUACGACAUAAUUGAUGCCAACUCGAACACAGACGCGAACACGCAAACCGACUACGUUAGUAUAGCAUCGUACGAAUUUUCUGAACAGCAGAACAUGACAGGACAUCCUAUAUCCUCAUUACCGCCUGUUGAAAGCAAUAUAACAGUAACACCAGCUUUAUCGUCAGCAACUUCAACUUAUGAAGAAGAUCCGCCCACUUUUGUUAUUCUAACCACAUCAUCUUUACUGCAAUUGUCAAGGAAUUGUAAAAACCUUACUUGUUUGAACCUCUCUUUUACGAGUUU